AUAACUUUAUUCCUCUUCGAGUCCUUUUCAUUUUUCAUCUUCAACUUCUCUCUCUCGUCACCAUGCUUCUCUCCUUGUCGCCGCCUGUGUCGCUGGACGACCGCCAUCACGUCCGACGCCACCCUAAACCCUCAAUCUCUCACAGAUUCUCACUCAAUUCUCUCUCUUUCUCUCGUCGCCCCUCUGUUUCUCUCUGAAUUUCUCGACCCGACUGAAGAACUCGGUGUUCAAGUUUGCAUCUUCACAGUAUAGAAGAAUAUAUAAAGCAAAAUCAAUGGCAAGGCGUGCCAUCGGUGAACAGCUGAUCAUUCCAAAUGAAAACUUGUACAUUCAACAUGCUUCUGUUAAUGUUGUAUUGCCAUCCUUUGAGAGCCUAAUGCCGGUGGGAAGAGCAAGUGUUCUAAAACAGCUACAAAGAUAGGUGGAGUGGGCUUUGAGAGUCGUAAAGCUCUUAAUGACAUUACAAACAAGAUUUUACCCAAGGAAGCUUCAUCAAAGAAAAAGACACUACCUAAGGAAGAUUUUAAUGUAGCUGAAGAAGUUUUUGCAUGAUCACGAAAAAUGUAUCAAAGCAAAGGAGCCGCGAUGAAUAAGUUUUACUUGGACACGGUCCUUCCAGUACAAGGUGAAAGCUCUUUUGGUCUUUCUUAUCAUGGAGGGAAACUCAUGACAGAACCGGUCUCUGUUAAUAUUCUAUGGUUUGGUACUGGUUGGCAAGAAUCUGAUAGAGAAGCUAUAAGAACGUCUGUUACUUCACUAACUUCAUCUCAAUAUCUUGUUAAGGAUUCUGAGGUUCCUACAUUGGGAAACUGGUGGGAGAUUAUUAGACAGUAUGGAGACAGUAAUAAUGUUCCUGUCACUGAUAGAGUGGAUUUGGGUGCUGAGUGCUUCUAUACAGGUCCUGAACUCAACAUGACCCUAGACCAAGUAGUUUACAUUGGGAGAUCAGUUUUCAACAAGUCUUCCAUCAAAGGUUUUGAUGGGAACCUGAACUGUCAUUGGCUUUUCGAAGUAAAUGAUAACAGUAUCUACCAUAUUGUGUUUUCUUACACUGUAAUGUUCUUAGACAGCAAGGAGCAGAGGCAACUGAUGGACAUGUGUAGUGGAAGGUUUCAACUUGAGGUUUUUGCAGGGUUGAAAGUAAAUAUUCUUUGGGCAAGAGCCCCUCAAAAUGCUGCUGAUCAAUGUUCAAUGCUUUUUCAUGGAAAUUCUUACUUGGGGCCUCCAAAUGGUGAUGAGAAGGUUGAUAGCUUGGUGGGUUAUAUGCUUGCCAACGUUGCUGAGGAGGUUACCAAUCAAGAUGGAAGUGGAUGGAUUAGUAAUGAUGGCAGUGGGAUGACAGUUAGUAAUUCUUGUGCCUCUCCAUUUUGGAGGGAUAAUGGUGAUCCUCCUUUGUUCAGGGAUACAGAAAAGAAUAUGAGUUUCAAUGUGGUUGGUUUGAAUGGUUAUCGAUACAUCAUGCCAUAUAUUUGGGACCAGAAAACCAGGAACUGCGCCUUGAAACUCUCAGAAACCUGUGAAACUAAUGCAAUGGUUAUCUUAAGGGAGCCAAAAGGAUACUUGAGGGGAGGAAUUAUAGUAAACCACUCCAAUGGUUUGCAGCCAUAUCCCCCAAACCAAAAAUGUCGUUGGGCAAUCCACUACCCAACAGCAAAGUUUAUCCGAUUCACCAUCAACUACCUUUCAGUUGCAGCAGAUAGUGAUGAUCACCUGCUAAUUUGCAAGUCAAAAUCAAAAUCUGCACAGUGUUCUACGUUGAAAUCAAACAAUGGAAGAUAUGAGAAGAAUUUCAAGUUGAUGAGCUCAAAAGUUUACAUUGAGUUCAGAACUGGUGACCAAGUUUCUUUUGAGUCAAGAGGAUGGGAGCUCAGUUAUUCUGCAGGACUUUGCUAUGGAAAGGAAAAUUUAUACAAACAUGAUGGAAAUAUCGGCUACGUGGCAUCUACUAGCUUUCCCUAUGUAGAGGGACUGAAAUGCCAAUGGGUUCUCCAUGGAAAACCUGGAACUCCUGUCUUUAUAACCUUCACUCAUAUAAACAUCUCUAAAGGUUUGGAUUUUCUUGCGAUUUAUAAUGGCACAAUGCAGCAGAUAGCAAACUUUUCCGGGUUGUUUACAGGCUCUGAUCUCCCACAAUUGAACUUGUGUGGUGAGGUUAUUAUUGCAUUCACCACUCAGACUGAUCAAGGAGAAGGCUGGUCAGCUAACUUUUACAUCGCUCAUCCUGUGAAUCAUGACAAGGUCUUCGUUGUCAUCCUUAUUGUUGUCUUAGCACUUAUAGCAGCUAGUGUUUCUCUUCUUGCUGUGGCAUUAGCUGUAGUUAGAAAGAAACUAGAGCGCAAAAACGCAAUGGAUUCAGACGAGAGCCUUACGCUAAUGAGCACAGACGCUAUUCGGGUGGAAAACCGAAUUGGAGAGGGGCCUUCUGCUGUGGUUUAUAGAGCAGUUUCGACUGAUGGAGGUCUGGUAGCAAUUAAAUCUCUAAGAGUUAUAGCUGCUGAAACAGAACUUCAACAAGAGAUUAUGGCCAAAUCCUCUUCUCAUCCAAACAUUAUUUCAUUUCUGGGGCAUUCUCAAGAUGGACUUGGAAGACACUAUUUUGUGUUUGAGUACAUGGGUAGGGGAGACUUGAGCUUGAACUUGAGGGAAAGAGGAGAAACACUGGACUUGGAUAAGAGGAUAGCAAUAGCUUUACAAAUCUGCUCUGCUAUUCAAAUGCUGCAUAUGUACUUGAAGCCACCAGUAUAUCAUGGAAACAUAACAUCUGAAAACAUAUUUCUUGAUGAAUUCUACAACGCAAAAUUAGGAGGUUUUGGGGCUGCAAAGUAUUGCAGCAGCAGCAACAGAGCUAAUCCUGAGCAACUAUCAGAAAUGGCUGAAGACAUAUGGAGCUUUGGGCUACUGUUAGUUGAGCUUCUAAGAGGUGAGCCUCUGGUGGACAGAGAAACAUAUAAAAAUUAUAGGAGGCUAGAAGAGAUAAAUGAGCUCCUUGGCAGUCAGGAGUGCGUUGACCGUAGGUUGACCAUCCCCCAUGAAACAUGCAAAAUGGGUUUUGCAAAGCUUGGUGAAAUUGCAAAGUGGUGCAUUGGUAGUAGCUGGAGAGUUGAGGGGGGUAAGAAUAAUCCCAAGAUAGGUGAUGUUUUGUCGGGUUUGAAGCAGGUGAAGCUCUUGUUUUCCACUGCUUCAGGUUGAAACAAAACAAACAAACACAUUGUUAUAGCAAAAAACCUAGAACAACAGUCGCAGUAACUGUUGGAUGAAAUUCUGAGCUGUGGAUUUGUACAUGUUUUAGGUGUAGGCUUUGGUAAAAACCACAUUACAUGUAUUGAAAGCCGGAUUACACGUCCUAA